AUGACAAGGGCAUUAUUCAUCUCCUUGUUCAGCUGCCUUAUUGCCAUAAACCAGGCCAGCCUCAUCAACCGCUGUGACUUGGCCAAGCUGCUGCACCAGGAAGAUUUGGAUGGGUUUGAGGGCUACUCCGUGAGUGACUGGCUGUGCCUAGCUUUUGUGGAAAGCCAUUUCAAUAUGUCAAAGGUAAAUGAAUAUGCAGAUGGCAGCUCUGACUAUGGCAUCUUCCAGAUCAACAGCCACUACUGGUGCAACGAUUACCAGAGUCACUCCGAAAACACUUGCCACGUGGCAUGUCAAGAACUGCUGAGCCCCAAUCUUCUCGCAACCAUCCACUGUGCAAAAAAGAUUGUGUCCAGAGCAGGGGGGAUGAAGAACUGGGCAGAAUGGUCGAUACACUGUGCCGGCCGGCCACUCUCCUACUGGGUAACAGGAUGUCACAUGGGAUGAGGCAGGGUGCAGGCCUGCUGUGGAGUCAUUCUAAAACUCCUCUCCUCCCAUGGGGAUUCUGCCUCUUGC